CCGAACGGCUUUGUUUAUCGGAGAAAUUAAUUGUGAGUAGUGUUGUGUCGUUGAUUGCUUUUGUACGGUGUGUAGUUGAAACGAAUCGGCAACACGCGGUAUUGUUUCUGUAAACCGGCCAGCAUUGGCACUAAUUUUAAUUGUGAAAAAAAAAACCUUUUUUCCAUUGGCACCAAGUUCGAGCGAGCCAAUCGCUCGAGAAUCAAAGCGUAAAAUUCGGUCCAAAAAUCCACUGCCUAUGCCGGCCUACGCCGUCUCCCCGAUGGAGCACUGCGAGGCACGCUUGGAUGGUAGCUUCGAGCAGGAUCAUGGCUGCGAUUCUUCGCUACUGUCGCCUGAAUCGUCACAUCAGGACGACGGCCGCUCGAACCAGACUGGCGAAUCCGACGACGGGGAAGAAGGUGGUAAUAUUAAACAGCCAACGACUGCGCAGCAAGACGCGAAUAAGAUGACAUCCGGGAUGGAAUUUGGCCGCAGUCCAGAUCAUCACUCAGAGCUCAGCUCUACCCAUCCUUCUCAGUUUGGUCAAACCCACCCGCUGGGUGUACUCGGCAAUCUCUCGGCGCUGAACAUGAACGUACCAAAUCUAUCCGGACUGUCGGGUCUGUCCGGUUUGCAACACGGAGAUGUACUGGAGAAAUUGAAAAUGCAAGUGCGGGACAUGAAAGUGGGACUGCUGGGGGAUCAGAGUGAUUUCGCGGCAUCGCUGCAUGCAAGUUUCGGUGCAAGUGCGCUGCAACAUCAUCAUCAGCAGCAGCUACAACAGCAGUCACCCCAGGCGGCCGGAAGUGGUAGUAUAUUCGGUAGUGUCGAUUCGAGAAGUGCGGGGUUGAACAGUAACGGUACCGGGACUGGUAGUAGUGGUAGUGCAAACGCAGCAAAUAGUAGCAGUUAUUCGUUCACAUUACCCAAUCCGCCGAUCAACAAGGAUGCGAACCCGGGCUCGAAUUCGUCGACCUCGAGCGAAACGUCCAACUCGUCGCAACAGAACAACGGCUGGAGCUUUGAAGAGCAGUUUAAACAAGUCCGACAGCUCUACGAAAUCAACGAUGAUCCCAAACGGAAAGAGUUCCUGGAUGAUUUGUUUCUUUUUAUGCAGAAACGAGGAACUCCGAUCAACCGUCUGCCCAUCAUGGCCAAAUCCGUGCUGGAUCUGUAUGAGCUGUAUAAUCUGGUUAUAGCCCGCGGUGGGCUGGUGGACGUGAUCAACAAGAAACUGUGGCAGGAAAUUAUCAAAGGGCUGCAUCUCCCGUCCAGCAUCACAAGCGCCGCCUUCACGCUUCGAACACAGUACAUGAAGUAUCUCUAUCCGUACGAGUGCGAGAAGAAGAACUUAAGCACACCGGCUGAACUGCAAGCCGCCAUCGACGGGAACCGGCGCGAAGGUCGACGGUCCAGCUAUGGGCAGUUUGAUUCGCCAUCAGUUCAACGUUCGCCUAUUCCACAGAGCAUCCAGCAGAUGUCACCGCUAUCGCUGGUCACACAUGUCAAUCAGCAGCAGCACCACCGGCUGCUCGGGGCUCCCAAUGUCGGCCAGAUGCCGAACAUCCUGCCGGCCGAUUUCGAGCAGCGCAUGAUUGACUACAUCAAACUGUUUCAGCCUAAGGAGAUGAAACGGGAGCAGAGCCCCGAUCAAAUGACCCCGCGGGAUGCCCUUAACGCACUGGAAAUGUCCCGGGUCGCACUGUGGAAUAUGUACAACAACAACACCAGUCCUCCGAAUUCGCUCAACACCAGCCCACCGGAAAUGCAGAGUUUGUUCCAUUUUAGGGAAGCUCUCAACCUGGCGGAAUCCCCACCACACCACAUGUCAGUCAAACGUGAACGGGAUCAUCCGAUGGAUUUUACUGACCGUUCUGGGGCGGGUCGCGACUAUCACAGUGGCAUUCCACCUGCCAAACGCAGUAACAACAAUUCAAUAGCCGCAGUAGCUGCGGUAGCGCAAUUGCAACAACAACAACAGCAGCAACAUCAUCAACAGCAGCAGCAACUCCAUGGCCACAAUCGUUCGCUGACACCGCAAAAGUUAAACUUAUCCUCGCACGAUGAAGACGACGCCCGUUCACUCGAUGAAACACCGAUUAAUCUCCGGGGGGAAAACGGAGGCCUUCGCCAUCACGACGAUGACAUGCCGGAUGAAGAAGAGGAAGAUGAGGACGAGGAAAUGUCCAUGGGGGAUGAUGUAAGCCAUCCGCUAGCAUUGAACAGAAUCACAGAACAUGCGGCCGCACUAGCCGCUGCGGCACAACGCGAACGCGAACAGGUACAGGUGAACCAUUUGGCCAGUCUGAACCUGAGUCUGCUGGAACGUGAACGGGAACGGUGCGACAGUGCGGACAAACUGAAGCGUCAGCAGCUGGAGCAACUACAGCGGGAACAGUUGCUACACCACCAACAGCAGCAGCAGCAACAGUUGCUGCAACGCGAACGGGAACGCGAGCGGGAUUUGCAGCGGGAGCGCGAACGUGAACUGCAAAAACAGCAGCAGUUGCAGAUUCAACAGCAGGAACAGAGCGGCAGCCGACAGAAUGGUGACCGGCUGUGCGGUACCGGCAUGGACGGUGUCAGCAACAACACCAGCACCAGCAGUGAACACCAGCAGCACCGCUCCGGGUCGGCGCAUGAUGCGUACAGUCCGAACAGAACCGCGUCUGCACCGGUGGGAACAACUACGGGCGGUGGCGGCGGCAUCAUGGGAAUGCAGUUUAAACUGAUCAGUAGAGGCGAUGCCUCCAAGGGCGACCAGCAGCUGGUCGUGUCGAUGGAAUUCAACGGUGUCCAGUACGAGGGUGUUCUCUUCGCGAACCCAUCGAGUUCCCCCAAUUCGUCAUCCUCGCUAGCGGCGGCAGUAACCGGACACGAUAGUCGCAGUAGUACCGCUGGAACCGAUCGUGGCAAUAAACUCGGCUCAAAUCCAGCUUCUUCUCCGCUGCUGGUAACGGCCGUAACCGGUGCAAUGUCCUCUUCGGUGUCACCCGUCGGCAGUAUUAACAGCACCAGCAGCACCUCGGUAGCAUCGCCCACCGGAUCGUUGCUUGUUUCGCCGGCCAAAACUGCUACCUCUUCGAUAGGCUGCGACGAACCGAUUGGCCAUCCGCCCCCGCCGCCGGUGAUCGCAUCGCGACCGCUUGUUUCGUAAAUUACUGUUACUGGAUAUUUAUCCCCGCUUAUCGCUACCAUAAUCAAUGGUAGCCCCAUAUCUCGCAAUCUGCUCUCGAAUGUUGCAUUUUCUGCUUUUUAAAGAAGAACAAAAUCGUUUAAUUACUAUCUAUACGCGCGAACUCGCUUUGUUUAGGUAAAUUCAUAGUCUAAAUUUUACACACAACAUGGGUGAAAUGUUUUCACGGUGUAAAGUGUUUGUGCUUAGGUUGGUAGAAACAGUGUCGAACCGCUAGGUGGCGUGGAGUGGCGAGCUUCUGACUCGGUUCGGAGGUUGGUGUCACGGCUAACCGGUUUCUGCUGUUCGUCAUACACGCAGCGCAAAACUAGAAUCACUUUUGAACCAAAAAUUAUUUUUAACUUGUUUUAUUGAAAUUGUCUUAAUUGAAGGGACUUAGUUAAUGUCAGACGAAGUACGAGCUAAUGCAUUAGUAGAGGUGCAUGUACAUGUGGAUAGCAGGAUGCUCAGUGAAGCACAGACAAAUAAAUAGGCAGUUAGUGUUAGAGAUGGGAAGAAAAAAAAGGAGAAAAGAUGUGAUUAUUAUUUCUGGAUUCUAGGGAUAACAGGAUUCGAGACUGUAGAAAUGCAACGAAUUUUUCUCUCACUUUUGUGUCUGUUUCAAGAGCCUCACCAGCAUGUACGAGUAAUAGUAACCUACUUAAGGAAAAAUAAGUAAAGUUAUAAGAUAUACUCUCUAAUUAGUGUGCACGUUAACGACGAUUAUUGACAUCAAUUGUAUGUACAUUUAACGUAUAUGGAUGUUCAAUUUUAUUUGGCACAUUGAACACAAGUUUAGGUUUGAACAAUUUAAGUGCAAAACGGGCGAUCAUUCGCCGGUUACUAUACAAUGGAUGCAAUCUUUCUUAUUUUCUGGAAGAAACAAAACAAAAGUAAAAAAAGAAAAAAAAGGAACACGAAAACAAUUCUGCAAUAUAAUUUAAGAUUAAAUAUUCAAACCAACAACAGGAACAUACACACACAAGAAAGUUUUUAAAACAAGAACAAAUGUGUUUAGCCGUAGGUUCUUUUUAUUAUUACCUAGUGAAAGUAGAGAAAGUGUAGGUUUUAACUAUGUGCUAAUUAGUUUCGCUUUUUUUAACUCUAGGCAUUCUUGUAUUUUUUUAAACUAUUAUAUAUUUUUCUGUGAGAUAAGGAAUGAACAAAUAAACUAUUUAAACUAGUUGAAGAUUGACGAUACCCACUAGUAAUAGCAGUAGCAGUAGUAGCAAUACAUAUUAGAAGUUACAGGUUAGAAUUUAGCAGAAAAGACAUGACCGCUUGAAUACAUCACACACAACUAGACUCGUCAGUGGAGCUUUUAAAUGUAAAUCCUCACCUCCCACACUUACACACUUCUACCUAUAUUAUAUGUACACCAUCGUUAGAGCACUUUCCCGGCGUAAACUAGUUUGUAGUAAUCUUAUAUGACACACACAUACUGAAGAACAAAAAUAAACGCUCGUCCGUAACGAUGGUUAAUGUAAUCAGCCGCUCUCGCAUAGGAGCGGAGGCUGCAGCGUCAGGAGAAAUCCGUUUUAUUGGAAUGUAUGAAACCAUUUGAUCUUUAAUAUAGA